GGGAUACAUUCUAAGUUGAGCCCAUGAAAAUGAUGAAAUAUUUAGCAGCUUCGGUUUUAUUGCAGGUCGGCUUGACACUAGCAUUCUCGUUACCAAACAUAGCCAGACUUUCAAGGAGAGAGGUAGUCGAAGAUAAGGGAGACCACAUACUAAUCUGCAGACAAGAGCCGUUAGAGUUGGGCAUUGUACUGGAUUCUUCCAGCUCUCUCCGCAACAGAGACUUCAAGACAGCCAUCAAGUUCCUUCAAGAAUUCUUGAGCCAAUAUGAGAUCAGCUCUGAUCCCAAUGGUGUCCGAGUCUCAAUCAUUAGCUACGGAAAGGGAAUCUACCCUGAGAUCGGGUUUAACCUAACAACUUAUGACACUAAAGAUGAAGUGAUCGAAGCCAUUGGCAAAAUCCCCCACAAGGCAGGACUUCGAACAGACACCGGGAGGGCCAUCCAGUAUAUGCACGAGGCUCAGUUGGCUAACGGAGUGGUCAGACCUGGCGUGACCAAAGUUAGCAUUGUCAUCACAGACGGUAAUUCCCAGGAGUGGAAACUAACUAAAGAGGCUGCGGAGGAGGCUAGAAAGGAUAACAUCGUGAUGUUCGCCAUCGGUGUCGGCACUGACAUCAGAAACUCUGAGCUGUUGAACAUCGCUGGCGAUCAAUCCCGUGUGACCAAGGUAGACAACUACAACCAACUCAGUUCUAUCAAGGAGAGUCUGGCCCACCAGACUUGUUUCGUUCAAGAAAAGACAACUACAACCCCAGAACCCAUGGAUGAACCCUGUGGUGUCAGUGACCCAGCAGACAUUUUCUUCGUCUUUAGCCCAGCCAACCUCGGCAGUGAUGGAACAUUGUGGGCAACCUCUUUUAUUGGUCUCACAGUGGACACUGAGGAUUUGAACCAGGGCUUCAGGUAUGGUGUCUUGUCUGGUUCCUGCCCUGACGAUGCUGGGUUCAAUCUUGACGCCUACAGUACAGUGGAAGGCAUUAAGAACAGACUUGAAAGCUACGAAAGAAAUAAAGUCCAAGAAUUGGUCAAGACGCUAGCAGACGACGGAUUCACUACCGCCAGAGGUGCCCGUGCCAAUUCACGUAAAAUCGCCGUCAUCAUUGCUGCUGGGAAGAAGACUUCUGAACUUCAAGACGAAGUGGCAGCUUUGGUUGCUCAGAACAUUCAGGUAUUUGUUGCUGACCCAGCCGACAAAGGUCUGACACUGGAAGGGGCCACAAUUCUCUCUGGCCGUUCCUCUAAAUUACAAGCUGAAGCUUUCGUCUCUGCCCUGUGUCCAAAAAGAAGUUAAAUUUUCCAGAAGCUUUUGGAUUGUUUCAAUCCAGACCUAGAUCUGUUCAGACCACGUCAAGUUGGCCUUGUUGUGAAUAUA